GUUUAUGUUUUCAUUAUGGUAAUCUUUAUUUGUGUUCUUAUUUCAGCUAAGCCCCCCAGCGUUACGGGUCUAGAGAAGUUACGGGUGGAGGAAGGAAGCAAAGUUCGAUUGAACUGCCACCUAACAGGAAAUCCAAUUCCGUGGGUCGAGUGGUACAAAGAUGGCAAAAUGAUCACCAGCAAAGGCCGCUUACGGGUCAAAACAAAAAGGAGGACCUCAAAGCUGGUGAUUCGGCGAGUAAGACCGUCCGACCGUGGCGUCUACGAAUGUAGAGCUGGUAAUGUAGUCCAAAAGCAAUCAGUUUCUUCCUCAGCCACCUUGACAGUUGCAAGAAAGAGGACAACCAAGAAACCUUCACCCUCUCCACCUUCUACUUCAACUCUUACAUCCACGCUUACAACUACACAGUCAAGCCCAUGGACAACAGAACCUUGUCCUGUAGCAGAUUUCUGUCUCAACGGGGGAACAUGUAUAUUUUAUAAAGAUGUCAGGGAAUAUGUUUGUCAUUGCGCAGAAGGAUAUGUUGGACUCAGGUGCAACUACAAAGACGUAGGAAUUUCGCUGGGGGGAGUCAAAAAUCUGGAUCCAAAUCAUGAUCGUCUUUUCAUCGCCAUCGUGGUUCUCUUUCUGGUUUUCUUUUGUUUAAACUGGGCAUGCCUCGGAUUGUGCUGGUUAUGUUGGUUGCUAUGGAACUUACUUCUAGUCAUAAUAAUUCGAACGAGGAGAAAUAAAUCAAAAUGGGAAAAUCCAGUGGAUCUGAGUAUUUGUGUAUAUGGAAAAAAGAUGGAUGUUUCCACUUUUCCCAGUUUUCUCUCUGUCAUUACAAGAAGGAUAGCCAAGAAAAGCUUCCGGGCAAAGAUGGCCAUUGAGUAGUGGUAUUCAAAAGCUUAGAAAGCAAUUAAAAUUGCCAUAAAAUUAUUACUAUACCUAUGAAAAAUUACAAUAAAAUAACUUCAGGUAAUCUGAAAGAAUUUCUACGUAAUGCAAAAUUAAAAUAAAAAUCACAUGAAAUAUUAUGAAAUUGUGUUCAUGAAUUUAAAGCAUGUAUAUGCAUAAAGAAAAUAUUUAAAAAUAAAAUUAAAGUACAUUCUAAAAUAUCAAAAUCCAUCACAAAUUGUUAUGCCUUUCAUGUAUUUUUAGAUUAAUUUAUAUUUGUAAGACUAUGUCAUUUAUAAAUAAGAGAUGCAUUAAUAAUCCAAUUAAAAUGUGCAGAAUUAAAUUAACUUCGAGUAAAAAAUAAGAUCGAUAACAUAUUUGAAAAUGCCUUUUCGUAAUUUAUAUACUAUUAAGGUUUUAAAAUGUACAUUACAUUUGAAUGUUAGAAUAUUUCAUAAGACAAGCGAAUAAAGUUUCGAAUAAUAAUUCUAGAAUAUUAAAUGUAUUUUCGCAUUUGAACAAAAACAGAAUUUGCUGCCUUAUAAAGCAUUUUCAAGUACACAUGGUCUUCUUAUAUGUGAAACUAUCUUACGUUUGGGCCAGUACAGUGUAUCCCAUUAAUGAUACUUUGACACUAUUGUAUUGAAAAUAAGCACAUUAAUACCUAUAGUAUUUAAAUAUUAACAUGUGAACAUUACAAAACUAUACUAAGAGUACCUUAAGUAUCUUUUCUUACAAAAAUAUCACAAAGCAAUUUUUCAUUAUCUUUUCCAAGAUUUCAAAUUUACAAGAAGAGAAACGAAAGAAAAGUCAGUUCAGAUUUUUCUCCCAGUCAAACACAUAACCAUCGCUGUAAAAAAAUGUUGUCCAUAAUUUUUAUUUUGUACAAAUUUUUGUUGAGAGAACUAACUAUAUGGAAAAAAGUCAGCUUUUUCUCUUCUGUCAGAAUUAUGUUUUGUAUAAUGUAUAAAAUGCUUUGUGUAUAUAAGUGUAAAAGAUGACUGCAACAAAAUUAUUGCAGUUUCAAUAAAUAUGUGCCAGAAAUAAUAUACUUAAAAUUGGAAAUAAAUUAAUUUAAUUACA